AUUAAAAAGCAAAGUCCGAUAUCUUUCUAACUAUAUAUAUAUAUAUAGGCGACACCAACCUUUCUGCCUCUAUACCUUAAUAUUUCAAAUACCCAGAGGGAGUAACCCCUCCAAGCUUCAAUUAUCUACAUUAUCCACAUUCCUAGCUAGCUUUAUCCACAUCUACAAAAUAGUCCUUAGAUUUCCCUCUCUCUUUCUUUUGUAUAACUGUGUCAUAUCUUAGAUCUCCUUUCACUUCCUUCAAACAACAAAAUCAUGGGUCUGAGAGACAUUGGUGCUUCACUGCCUCCUGGGUUUCGGUUUUAUCCGAGUGAUGAGGAAUUGGUCUGCCAUUACCUCUACAAAAAGAUCGCAAAUGAGGAAGUUCUGAAGGGUACCUUGGUCGAAAUUGACCUCCACAUAUGCGAACCUUGGCAACUUCCAGAGGUGGCUAAGCUGAAUGCGAAUGAGUGGUACUUCUUCAGUUUCCGGGACCGCAAAUAUGCGACGGGGUUUCGGACCAACCGGGCAACUACAUCGGGGUACUGGAAAGCAACGGGGAAGGAUCGUACGGUGGUGGAUCCAGCCACGCAAGAAGUUGUAGGGAUGAGGAAAACACUGGUGUUCUACAGGAACAGAGCUCCAAAUGGCAUCAAAACCGGUUGGAUCAUGCAUGAGUUCCGUUUGGAGACCCCACAUAUGCCUCCAAAGGAGGACUGGGUGUUGUGUAGAGUCUUCCACAAAAGCAAAGAAGAUGACAACAUGAGUUCCAUACUCGUACAGUAUGAGACAAUUACACCACCUCCAUCAUCCCUAACUUUGGCUUCGUCAUCUCCCACCAACCAAGCCAUGCCUCAUGGUGGGUAUAAUAACCGACUUGCCUCUUUCUCUAAUUCCUCCAUGUCAACCCACCAAUAUCAUCAUCACUUCAACCCUACCCAACAAAACGCUAAUUCUUUGAUGGAUCUCCUCCACUUCUCUCGCGAAACCAACACCAACAAUACCUUUCUUACUCAAAUUGGUGCCAAAGGUGAUGACGCAUAUGGUUUCUUAUGGGACAUGGAUCUAACCGAAAAUAGCCUAGAGGAUGGCGUGGCUUCAAACUUGGACGCAAUAAGAUUCGAGGUUGAUAAUAAUAACAAUAAUAUGGUAUUGCUAUAAUUAAAGAUGUGUUAUGUGUGUACAUAUAUACACAUAUAUGUGGUUCAUAUCUCGUAAAUUAUGCCAUCAAGAUUCGUUUAUUUGUGGUGCAUUUAUGGUGUUUCGUUAUGUGAGGCAAGUCACAUGAUAGAUAUUGGGAUUAGUUCUUACAAGUUUGUGUGGUAUAAUGUUCAAGUACGUAGUAGGGUAAUCAUGUUAUGGUCCAUUAGGCUUUUCGUAAUUACCAUUAUUUACUUCUAUUAUUGGGAACUAUUCCUUUGUAUACAGUUUGUCCAUAUGUAAUUAGAAUUGGUUAUAUUUUCUCUUCUUUAAUUUCUUUUAUUUUUUGUCAUGAUCCACUGAAAGCUUAAUUUUCCGGUGAGAUGAAAGUUCAUAUGUGUAACCUGUUAAUUGUGUGGAUCAACCGAUCAAGUGCCUAGCAUGCUGAAGCUUUAUCAGGCGA